ACAAGUGUAUUUUAUGACCUGUAAUGACUUUCUAAUUAAAAUUUCUGUGGAAACAGACAAACUUAUCUUCUCACUACCAAAUUGCUUAAACCUAUCCACUUUUGGAUCAACAUGAAGUGUCUAGGAAGUAGAGUGGGUUGGUUCUGGAUGGAAACCACAUUUCUUUAGAAAGAGCAGUUGACAAAGUGUUAGUGACAGCCUUGUGCAAGUGUUGAAGCCAGCGUCCUCUUCCAAGUUCAAAAUCUCCACAUGAACGUGUGCACUAAUCUCCCCUUGUCCCUCCUAUUUAUAACUGCUUUAAGAAAGAGGAAGGGCAGCAAUGAGAUUAGAUCAGAGCCUCAUGGAUCUUCUGCUCAAAUGACUUUUACUCUUCUUCCCCACAUAACGGUCCUCAUCAGGGGAAGAAAGGAGGCUUUGUUCUUCCCCUUGUUGCCCUUUGGACUUACAGGACCACAACUGAGAAGUACUGCACGAAGUAAUGCCACUGAAUGGGAUAACUGGGCCUAGAUGAUUUUUAUAAGACGCUUCAGGUGGCUCGGCAAGCUGCACUGAGUCGAUGGAGCUUUUUUUCCGGCAGUGUUUCCUCCCUUGUUCUUCUGUUAACGUCUGAUGAAGACUGCACCCUGGUUGAUACGACUCGCACUUCUGAGUGUUGAAACUGAGUAAAUUCUCUUUUGUGUUUUCUGAUAUUCUUGUGUGCUAUUCUUACAUUGUUAACCCAAUUGGGACUGGUUGGUUUCUAUGCACAAUUAAAAGCCAGCUCUCACAGAAAACCAACAAAAGUGUCUUGAAAGUGUAUCAUGGAUGCCAAUAGUGCUCAGCUAAAGACUAAGCUGAAAGAGCGACGCUCUACCAUCAAUGUGCUGGGAGCCAGUUUCUCACAGACCAUUGAGGAAGAAAAGGCCUUCUAUUUCUCCCAGGGCAGUUCUGUUAAGCCAUGGAACUCUUUGGAACACCUGGACAGCCCUGCUCCUGAGGGCCAGAUCCCAAGACACCAAAAAGAGACGUUGAGACCACAACAGAACAUUAACAUCAACGUAGGGGGAAAAGUCUUUCACAUUCCCAAGAAGAUGGCCGUCAGAUUCCCUCGCACACGAAUAGGCUCCUUGGCCCUGUGCACAGACCGCGUCAAACAGCUCACUCUAUGCGAUGACUACUCGGUGCUCACCAACGAGUUCUUCUUCGAUCGCGACCCAACUUUCUUUUACUACAUCUUUCACUUCUAUAGCAGCGGUGUUCUGUGGGUGAUGCAGGAACUGUGCCCUAUCAACUUCGAGGAGGAGAUGCAGUACUGGGGCCUGAGCUGGAACGACACCCAGCGUUGUUGCCGUAUCCUGUUUGAGGAGAAGGUGGAUGAACUCCGGGACAAUCUGAAGGUGGAAAAGGAACUCUUAGCGGAGAUCGAGAUAAAGCAUGAUGAGGAAGGCUACAAGACCAUGUUCCUGGGUGGAAUUCGCAAAGACCUCUGGGACCUGAUGGAAAACCCUUACUCCUCGCUGUCGGCCAAAUCCUUUGCAGUUUUCUCUAGCCUCCUGGUGCUCAUCUCCAUCGUGGCUAUGACCCUCAACACUGUGAAGGAACUGAGGACCCACACCCUCUCUGGCAAGACCUACCUGGAAUGGGUAGAGAUUUUCUCCAUUCUCUUCUUCACAUUCGAGUACUUCAUGCGCCUUGUUACCACUUGUGACAUAAAGCACUUCGUCAAAAGCUCCCUGAACUUGGUGGACCUGGUGGCCGUCAUGCCCUACUUUAUCCAGCUGAUAUUUGAAGCGUUUGCCAAUGUGGAGGACCUCAGUGCCCAGGAAGAUCUCAAAACCCUGGCUCAUGUCAGCAAGGUCAGCAAAGUGCUCAAAGUUGUCAAGCUGAUGCGCAUCUUUCGCAUCCUGAAGCUGGCCCGCCACUCCACCGGCAUGAGGGCGUUUGGGUUCACCCUGCGCCAGUGCUACCAGCAGGUGUGUUGCCUUUUCCUCUUCAUCGCCAUGGGCAUUUUCAUGUUCUCUGCCCUCCUGCAUUCGGUAGAACGGGAUGUCGAAGGAUCUCCAUUCAGGAGUAUUCCUGAUACCUGGUGGUGGGCGACGGUGAGCAUCUCCCAAGUGGGUUAUGGGGACGUGGUGCCCGUAUCCCUUCCUGGCCGCGUGGUGGCAUUCUCCUGCAUCUUCUUCGGCAUCAUUCUCAAUGGCAUGCCCAUCUCUCUCCUCUUCAACAAGUUCUCAGACUACUAUGCCAAGCUCAAGUACCAGGAGUCCACCUCAACCAGUGUGAAACGCCGCUUGAUGCUCAGGGCCCGUCUCCGUCGCAAACUGGACGUGUGCUUCAAUCCCUCUAUGGGCGACCUGGAGGAAGGCAGGAGCCACUGAGCUCUAGACAGGAUGUACUUUUUUGACAUUGCAGGGGGUAUUUCAAGACUUCUCUACCAAAUCACCAGUGGGGAGGUGGGGUAUGGUCUGGACUAAUAGGAGUGAAAUGGAGCUAAUGAUAAGGACGGGGGACACACAACGCAGACUCAUAGAGAGGAUGUACAAGGGAGGAUGUGGGUGUCACCUUAUGUCAGGGACUGAUACUGCAAACUUGAGCAAUUUCCUGUUAUUGUAGAGCAGUUCCUGUAAAAGUCAGUGGUAUGUGGUUUUAUGUGCAUAGUGUGUUUGUUUAAGUGCGCAGACCAGAGGGUUGUAAGUUACAGUACAUUGUAAAUGCAGUAUACCAUGUUGCAAUCUUUGCUCUAUUUACUUGCACAAAUUAAAGCUGAUUCUUGUCAUAGUC